UGCAUUUCGCUCCGCCUUCCGCAGUAGCCGCAUACUCAGCACCAUGUCGACGACCCAGUGGUUCAGCGAGACCGAGGCCAUGUGGCCAGGCCAGAAGUUCUGCCUCGCGCAGGAAGAAGUCCUCUUCCACGGCAAGUCGGACUUCCAGGACGUCCUUGUCUUCAAGAGCCAGACGUACGGCAACGUGCUCGUCCUCGACGGCGUGAUCCAGGUCACGGAGCGCGACGAGUUCUCGUACCAGGAGAUGAUCUCGCACCUCCCGCUCUACUCGCACGCCAACCCCAAGUCGGUGCUCAUUGUCGGCGGCGGUGACGGCGGCGUCCUCCGCGAAGUCGCCAAGCACCCGAGCGUCGAGAAGAUCGUCAUGUGCGAGAUCGACCCGAUGGUCUGCGAUGUCUCCAAGAAGUUCUUUGCCGACACGCUCGCGACGACGUUCAACGACCCGCGCCUCACGCUCAUGCACGACGACGCGGCGGCGUUCCUUCGCAACGGCGACUGCGGCAAGUACGAUGUCAUUAUCGUCGACUCGUCGGAUCCGGUCGGCCCCGCCGAGGUCCUCUUCCGCUCGGAGUUCUACGAAAACAUGAAGAACGCGCUCAACCCGAACGGCAUUGUGUGCACGCAGGGCGAGUGCCUCUGGCUCCACAUCGACUUGAUUGCUGAUGUGCUUGGCCGCGUCGGCGGGUUCUUCCCGACGGUCCAGUACGCCUACACGACGAUCCCGACGUACCCGUCCGGCCAGAUUGGUUUCGUGCUCUGCUCGCUCGACGAGUCGCCCAACGCGCUCAACAAGCCCAAGCGCAUCGUCGACGAAAAGACGGCCGAGAACCUCCGCUACUACAACUCCAAGAUCCACGAGGCCGCGUUCGUGCUGCCGUCGUUCGCCGAGAAGAAGAUCGCGCCGGUCCGCAAGACCACCGUCUAACACCCGCCACAUUUUGACCAAAUUUUAAAUUUAACAAAGUGUGUAGUGUACAGUCCGACUCAAAAA